AUGUCCACCCCCACACUCCCACCCACCCUCACCACCCUCCUCGCCACCCUCUCCCACCUCCACACCCACCUCACCUUCACCACCACCACCGACCUCCCCCUCCUCCGCGCCUUCCUCACCUGCAUCCCGCUCCCCCCAACACUCUGCCCCCCCACGCCUACCCGCCGCUCCCCCCUCUUCACCCAACAAUCCCGCCUCGCCGUCCUCUCGGCCCUGCACACCCGCACCCUACCGCACCUCCUCCAAACCCGCCCCGCCGCCGCCUACAACUUUGCGCAGCGCAGCAUCGAGCACACGCGCGCGCUCCUGCGGGCGUUCAUGAGCGCGCUCGUCGACGCCGAGUUCAGCGUGGCCGAGCUGCGGGCGGGCGUGGCGGCGCCGGAGGUGCUGGUGGGCGUCGAGGAGGGGAUCGAUGCGGCGCUGAUGCUGUAUGGCGCUGCCGUGGUGGAGCUGGACUAUGUGAGAAGGCGGUGGCCGUGUGAGUACUUGGAGCCGGAGGAGCCGGGCAUGGAGUUGGAGCUACUGCUGGAGAGGGGGGGGGUGAGUAGGAGGCGGUAA